GCCCGCCCGCCCAUGCCGCGGAAAGCGCUGCUCUGCGUCCUGCAGCUGGACGUCCGCUCGAUAACUUGCCCCGGAGUGCUGCUGAAAGACAAAGAGGAACUUUAUCUCAGUGUCUCUGUACUUGGGCAGUACAAAAAAACUCAAUGCGUCCCUGCAGCGUUUCCACUCUUCUUUCAAGAAAAACUAGUAUUUGAAAAGGUAUUUGCUGAUAUAGUUGAUCCUGGAGACCUUGUGGAGUUACUGGAAUUUGACACAGCAGUACUUGAACUAAUACAGCUUGUUCCUCCAGUAGGAAAAAUUCUAGCUACGUAUGAAGAAAAUACAAGAGAUUUCCUGUUCCCUGACCCUAAGCUUACCCAUGGGCACCAUGGUUUAGAUCGUGAGAUUUUAAUGAAGAGAUCCUCUUCUUUUACAGGAAUUGCACCAAAAUUGAGAUUUUCUACAAGCUCCCUUAUUACAGAAAGUCUGUUAAGCUCAGGAAAGAGUCACAUACAGGGUGAUUUGAAUAGGGUACAUCACUCAACCCCAAAUGGAAAAUUGCAAACAAAGUUACCAAAGAAAAAUACUCUUUCACCUGAGAAAAGCAGGCACAGCUUAGCACCAAAGAACUACGAGCAGCCUACAAUAGCUUCUAAAUCACGUUCUCCAUCUCCAUACACGAAAAGACGAAUGUGUGAGCUAUCAGAAGAAGCCAGGCAACGACUGGCCCAUUUAAACCUUGGUCCUUACGAAUUCAGAAGAGAAACUGAUAAACCUCCAUUUGUAGUUAGACGGGUUGAACAACUAAGUCCUGGUAUUAAACUUCAUACCUGGUGUCCCACACGAGAAAGCGCAGCGGAAGCCUGGACCAAGGUAGACCAUGAUCCUUCUCUUCUCGGCAGCUACCGACCCAAGAAAGCCGAAGCAAAAUCUACUCAUGGAAAAGACUUUGACAGUUCUGAUGUUUGCCAUGAGGAUGUAAUCUCAGAUCUACCCAAAAGACAGUCCCAUUCUGCUGGUUCAUUAGAGCAUUCAGCACCUCCAGCAUUUCAGAAGCAUUCUCUAAGUUCUGUGCUAAAUCGAUCUUCUCUAAGGGAAAGAUUUAGCUCUGGUUGGCUUUCACCAGCAAAUGGAGAUGAGAUCCAUAAAAGAGUGAAAAAUAUUUUAAGGACACACAGUGCUAGACAGCGCCUAAUAUUUGAUGAGAGUAACUCAUCAAAAGGAGACUUGACUAAGGCAAGAGAAUCUUCGCAUAAAGCGCCCUUAUCCAUGAGUGAACUGCAGAGCAGUUCACCAGUACAGCAGAACACUACUGUUCACUUGGAUAAUGGUGAAUAUUGGUCUAGUCGUGCAGCUGUAUACAAAGGGAAGCCUCACAGAGCGAUCUUUGAAGAGAGUCUCGAGAAAAUAUACAGGAACAUGUAUCGAAAAGCUUCUGGCACUGUUUCAGACCAAAAAACGCACUCCUGAUAGCAAUUCACCUGGAAAUGCACAGUACACAGUGUUCAUAUUUGAGCAAGGGGUGCAAUGGUGUGUGCAACUUGACAGUGGAAGAGUUUGUGUGGUAUGCCAUAGGUUUGUCAGUGAAAGUAAGUUGGAAGGAAUCUCUGCCUUUUCAGUCUGUGUGCAAGGAAUAGCUUAUUAUAUAAUUCUGCUCUUCCUAAUUUUUAAGCUUGAAAGUGUUUUGUGAAACACUGAACUAUGCAACAAAAUUCUUAGCCUUUUAGCAGUGGUCACCUAACUGUAUAAAUCUUGUAAUGUGGAAUCUCUGGGUCAUAGGAAAGCCUACCACGAUGUUAAUUACUUCAGUGGUUAUGGAGUGAUCAUUAUCAGGAUGCUGAGAGUAUCUCAAGAGAUUUGUUUAGUAGUCAAGGAAUUUGGGGAAACUUUCAAAUCAAUGAAACUUAGCUUUUUGGUUCCAGUGAAAACAAUUGAAGCUAAGAGAGAACAGCACUUCUGUGCAUGAUCUUAAUGAGCUACCUCACUGACAAAUGAUGUCUGGUUUAGGUGAUGGUCUCUGGUAGCAGCAGAGAACCGCUCUUUGCCCAGUUCCUUUCAGUUUCAACAAAUAAACCAGUGUUGUAGGAAGUGAUCAAGAACACCUCAUAUUCCUGUUUCUAUUACACAGUGAACUAUUAAGCACAAGCCCCAUUGAUUGCAUUGGUUUCUACUGCUUUCUCCAUGGAGUUCAAAACAUCAUCAACCAAAGCCCUUAAAAGAUGAGGCUGUAGCUCCUUUUGUUAUCAGCGUUGGCUUGCCAAAGACAUGCAGUUUGUUCCCUGUUUGUCUUCAGUGAGAAAUUCUGUGAAGUGCGGUGAUAAUUUGUCUGGAUGGCAACAAAACGGAACUGUAAUCUUUCUCUUUGCUUGAUCAAUGUGGAGAUUGUGCUUUUUCUUCAUGUGUAUUUCCAUUCAGUUCUGGGUGAUUGCUUCUGACCUAGCAGAGAACUCUCUUCAGUCUGAGAAGUGGUGAUCUGAGCCGCCUUCUCACCUCUUCAGGGAAAGGAGUUUGCUGCUGCAAAACAACAUCCCUCUUGGUUCAUAAGAAUUUACUGAUCCUGAGGAUACAGCACGAAAAUGCUGUUCUGUGGUCAGGCGUUUGCGUAACCCUGUAGAGCUGAUGCCAUUGAAUGAACAGAGCUUCACACAAAGUGGGGGUGGGAGGCUGAAAGCAGGGGUAGACUUUGAGAGUGGUUUGAUGCAUGGCAUGCCAUGAAUUAUGCAUUUGUAUACCAUGAAUUAUCAGUGUAUAAAAUAACCUGUGAAACUUACAAGUCACAAAAGCCCCAUUUACAUCGCUGAACGGUGGUGAAUUCUAAUGCUUAUAUUUGUAUUGUUACACUGACUUGGAUUUUUGAAUGUUUAGCUAAUUGCGUUGUUACUAAGACUAUAGUCGUAUGAACUGUUUCAUUCAGUACUCCAGUAGUAAACAUUUGCUAAGAGGUUGCUUUCCCUGCCUGCCUUGUUUUCACCACAGUCAUCUAGUGUUUACAUACAUUUUAGCCUCUGUGCCAUUUUUGAAGGCUUUGUCUCAUUUACGUUUUUGGUUUGGAUAAUACUUAAAUAUGAAAUCCAUCUGGGAAACAUAUUGUAUAUUCACAUUGAGGGGUAAAACCAGUUUUUAAUUAAAAUUUUAUACAGCACUUGUA